AUGAAACAACUACUGGAGUUGUCUGUUAUGUUGGCUAUGAUAGGUGCGACCGUCUCAGCCGCCGCGAUACCUGCGCAGAAGAUUUCCUUAACACGCACCAACCGAAAUUGCGAUGGCUCACUUGCUUCUCCUACUGAAUUAACUGAAGCAUUUGGCUUUGCCAACCUCGUUAAACCGGCAUCCGGCAAAGUGGUCGCAGCGGUUGUAUUACAGGGUGCAACGCCUAGCGCUACCUAUAAGGUCCGGCUAAUUCAGGCUCCGAUGCCGUCGCCUUGCUAUGAUAUUCCCAGCACCACAUUGAUCACGGACAGCUCAGGCAAUGGGAAUGCAAACUUCCAGCAACCGGUGGAUCCGAGUGCGACAGCCGCAUUUGUUGAUCUCAACAACCUCGCCAAUCCCAACGACGACUACUUCACCACUAAUCCGAUGAAAUUUCCCCUUUCUCCUGCAGUAUAG